AUGAGAGUUCGUGGCAAUUCUCUCCCAUGGAUUACCUCGAAAGUAAAGGAGUUAAUGCGAGAGAGAGAUUUUCACAAAAAGAAGGCCGUAAAAAAUAAUUCGAACAUGCACUGGAUCAAGUUUAGAGCAAUUAGGAAUAAAGUCAAUUCUGAAUUAAAGAAGGCUAAAAAAAACUACUUUUGCAAUAAAAUCGAAGAUUGUGCCAGGGCAAAGGACCCUAAGCAAAGUUGGAAAUUAAUAAACAAUCUUUUAGGCAAAAAUAAUAAAUCAAAUAAUAUCUCUCAACUUAAAGUUGAAGACGUUAUUAUUUCUGACGACAUAAAGAUAGCCGAGUCCUUUAAUGAUUUUUUUGUGAAUAUCGGAGCUAAACUAGCUAACGAAAUCGAGAUCAAUUCCACUGAUUUCACUUCAUUUCAAAGUGUUCCUUCUAGGCCAGAUAUUCAGUUUAAGUUCUCUGAAAUAAGUACACACGAAGUGUGUCUUCAAUUACGCAAUCUUAAAACAUCAAAAUCAACAGGUAUUGAUACAAUUCCAGCGAGAGCACUUAAAAUUGCUGCUGAAAUAAUUAGUCCGUCACUAACGUGGAUAUUUAAUUUAUCAAUUAAAACUGGAAUUUAUGUGGAAGAAUGGAAAAAGGCUUGGGUUUUACCAAUUUAUAAAUCUGAAGACAGACAAAAAUGCGAAAAUUAUCGUCCAAUUUCCAUUCUACCAAUUAUAAGUAAAAUCUUUGAACGUUUAGUCUUCAACCAAUUAUACAAAUAUCUAAAUGAAAACUCCCUGCUUUCUAAGUAUCAAUCCGGCUUCCGUCCAAAGAACUCAACUUUGUCUGCACUUAUUCAAAUGUGCGAUGCCUGGUACACUAACAUGGAUAAUGGAGAUUUGAGCGGUGUUGUUUUUCUUGAUAUUCGGAAAGCGUUUGACUCAAUUAACCAUGAUAUUCUAUUGCGUAAAAUGAAAGAACAAUUUGGAGUUUCAAAUAUCGAAUUUAAAUGGUUUGAAUCCUACAUUUCUAAUAGGGAACAAGUGUGUUUUGUCAAUGGCACGAUGUCAACACCUAGAAAUCUCGUUUGUGGAGUCCCUCAAGGGUCUAUUUUAGGCCCACUUCUAUUCCUGCUUUAUAUUAAUGAUCUCCCAAAUAAUCUCAAGAAUACAAUCCCGUGCUUAUAUGCUGAUGAUACACAGAUUUUUUCAUCUGCUAAUGACUAUCAGCACCUUGUCUUCAAUUUGAACAGUGACUUGAAUAACAUAAGUCAAUGGCUCAAACAAAACAAAUUGCAACACCAUUCAUCCAAAACUAAAGUAAU